AUGGGUUCGUCGGAAAAUGUUGAUUCCGGUAAGUUUCCCGUCAAGAGAUCAAACUUCUCGCAAACAUGCAGUCGGUUGAGUCAGUAUUUGAAAGAAAACGGUAGCUUUGGGGAACUCAGCCUUGGCCUCACUCAGAAUUUUGAACCAAAAAGAACUGCUCCGACCGACACAAUGAAUUUGCUGCCGAUGAUUGAGAACUCGGGAGCUGAUCUUAACAUGGCGGUGAAAAAAUCUGAGCAAGAAACGGCACAGAUGACAAUCUUUUACGCCGGUGAAGUGAUAGUUUUUGAUGAUUUUCCGGCAGACAAAGCCAAGGAAAUAAUGAUAUUAGCAAGCAAUUCAAGUGCCCAAAAUUACUCCACCACCGCCUUCCCUCCGCCACUUCCAUCGCUUCCGCCGUCUAAUAUGGUCCAAAGUCCAGCUGAAUCUGCCACCAAUAUUGUCCCCACUCCGGUCGCGCCACCUCUUGCUUCAGAUUUGCCUAUUGCAAGGAAAAAUUCAAUAUCCCGGUUCUUGGAUAAACGAAAAGAAAGGGCCAUUGCAAACGCACCAUACCAAGCAACGGCGCCAUCGAAGCCGGCUAAAGGCGAGCCAUGGCUGGGAUUGGGUCAUCGAUUCCCUCAUUAG